AUAAUCUGUAUUCACACCAAGACUUCAUGAAAGAGUAUACUUUGAGAGCGUUUAGAGGAGGUAAACCCAAGCGCUCUGACACAUGGGAGGGCACCGGGAGGAGUCCAGACGUGUCCACCGAGACUGCGGUCGUCGGUGUGGCUCCACCCUUCCCUUGCAGUUGGACUGUGUAAACUUUUGCACAAACUUUUAAUCAGCGGCUAGUUGCUUGUAACCUCGGGACGGAGAAAGUCGAGUAGUAUCUGAACGCACAGCAACUCUGCAGAAUUUCGUCCGCCAUGGCCGUACAGAACUAUGCCAACAUGUUGAGAGACUUUGUGGAAGAACGAUCCACAGGAUUUGCCAUCGCUGUCGCUGCGGGGGUCGGUCUGGUGACUCUUCGCAUUUGGCUGGCGGGAGGCGUGUGCCGCAGCCGCGUGAGGCUAGAUGGAAAGACUGUCCUUAUAACUGGAGCCAACACUGGCAUCGGGAAGGAAACUGCUCUGGACUUGGCACGCAGAGGGGCGAGGGUCAUCAUUGCCUGCAGGGACAUGUCAAAGGCUGACACUGCUGCUGAGGACAUCAGGCAGAAGAGUAGGAAUAGAAAUGUGGUGGUGAAAAAGCUGAAUCUGGCAUCCCUGCAGUCAGUGCGUCAGCUGGCAAAAGACAUAGAGGAAAAUGAGAAGAGGCUCGACAUUCUGAUUAAUAAUGCAGGUAUCAUGAUGUGCCCCAAAUGGACAACAGAAGAUGGCUUUGAGAUGCAGUUCGGUGUCAAUCACUUGGGACACUUCUUGCUAACAAACUGCUUGAUGGACCUUUUGAAGAAGUCGGCCCCAAGUCGUAUCGUUAACGUCUCAAGUUUAGCUCACGAACAAGGAAAAAUCCAUUUUGAUGACAUAAAUCUUGACCGAGACUAUACUCCUCUGAAAAGCUACCAACAAAGCAAGUUGGCUAACAUUCUUUUCACCAGAGAGUUAGCGGUUCAACUGAAAGGUACAGGUGUGACGACAUACUGUCUGCAUCCUGGAGUGAUCCGUACUGAACUUUGGAGACACAAGAUGCCCACCAGCACUCUGUUGAAAAAUAUUAUUUCCUUGCCCUUUAUUGUGUUCAUGAAGACCCCUUGGGAGGGGGCUCAAACCACCAUUCACUGUGCUGUGGAAGAGAGUCUUGCGAACGAUAGUGGCCUCUACUACAGUGACUGUGCACCCAAGAAGCCUGCCCCCCAGGCCCAAGAUGAUCAAGCUGCCAAGCGGCUGUGGGAGCUUAGCUCUUCUAUGGUGGGACUGUAAAGAAAUGGCACAGUCCACAUAAUUUGGUUUUUUGUGUUUUCUUUUAUAAUAGACACUUUGUUGACAAAUAUAAAAUCAGCAUGAACUGUAUAACUUCAUACACAAAGCAUAGACUGAAGAAUGUAUCAUUUUGAGUUAUUGUAUGAUUGCUGCUGUGCUUUAUUAUAAUUGCUUAUUGCAAAGGACAUUAUUCUGCCAACAACUUAAUGGUUACUUAGUGGCUCAGUACAGUAAGGAAUAAGUAAAAAUGGCAAUAGCAAAUCUGAGGAAUAGUUUGAGCUCUAUGUGGUAUAUUAGCUUUUUGCCUACUUGUUGGAACUAAAAUACAUUCUUCUCAUUUUUGUCUUUUACUACACACACAUACAGAGUUUGAAAUGUUUGCUUGAUCUUUUUUUCUUUAAAAAGUGAAAUUGAUUAUGAAAUACACUUAAGGUCUUUUUUUAAGGUACACAAUUGUCAUUGCUCAAGCUAAUUUUUUGUUUCACAACCCAAGUGUGUGCUUGCUGUAUAAGCCUACCAUUAUAUUAAUAGGCAUGAUUGGGAUUUUAUAUUGAUUUU